UCCUUCCUGUCUAGCGGGGCUGGCGGGCGCGCAUGGUACUUGGGGGUGACGGGCACCCUGCAGUGCCCACUCUGCCUCCCAGCCCAGCCAGCCCGCCCCCCCACACACACACACACACUGGCUGUUUCCAGGCAACCUGCAUGGGGCCCAACUCAGCAGAGCCUGGCAACCUGAGGCCGUCUGGAUCCCGCCUAGAGACCAGCCCAGCGUCCUCCGCACUCGGGAGCCGUGCCAAGGCCUCCGCCACCACCGCACUCCCAGAGCCUUGCUGAGCCCAGCCGAGGACAGCCCGCCGUGCCCCCUGCAGGGAUGCUGGACCCCGCCGUGGCUGAUGAGAUGACCCGGCUGAGCCUGAGGCUCCUGGAGAAGCUCUGACGCCAGCACUCCACUCCCCACACCUCUGUGGGAACCAGCGUCUCGAACUCAGUCACCCACCAGGCCGCCGCGGCCCCUCAAGUCUCUCUUCCUCACAGAAACUGGAGCAGGAGCGUGAGAGUGUGGACAGGGACCCCGAGGAGCCCCACCUGAUGCCAGGCCUGGAGGCCCCAGGCACCAAGGAGGAGGAGGCCCUGCGGGGAGCCCGGCGGAGGAGGCAGCUACUGCAGAGGCUCUGGGACCAGCACCUCCUGGAGGAGCUUGCUGCAGCCCAAGCCCGGGUCCGGGUCCAGAGAGCAGCGUGGCCCCUAGAGCUGCCCUCUGAGGGCAUCUACUCCACGCCCCCCACCCUGCAGGCCCUGGAGACCCCGAGGGUCUUCCAUCACUCGGUGCCCCCGGCUCCCACUACCAUCAUUCAGCAGCUGCCCCAGCAGCCCCUCAUUGCACAGCUGCCUCCCCCCCAGGCCUUCCCCACCCCCAGGCCGGGAAGUAUCAAGGAAGACAUGGUGGAGCUGAUGCUGAUGCAGACGGUACAGUUGCACCAGGUCCUCAUGCACAGUCUGACACUCAGGGCCCUGCCACCGGGAGUCUCCUGGCUGCAGACACAGGACUCUCUACAGGCUGCUGCUGGGUGUGCUCGGGGCACAGAGAAUCCCCGGUCUGCUGUGCACCACCACCACCACUACGCACCCCCAGCCCCGAUGCAACCCAGUCCAUUCGGCUGCUCCCCAUGGCCCCCCGUGCUCCCAGUUAGCACCGGCCUCCUGCCCGCUGUGCACCACUUGGCUGGGCCUUCUGCAGCCACACUGAGUCAGCCAGCUGACAAUAUCAUGCCUACACAGAACCCUGGCCUGUGAGCCUGCAGUGGGAGUGAGCUGGAUGGGAGUCCAGUCCCCUUGCCGUCUAAUGGCUUCAGCAUGCCCUCACUGCCACUCUGCAGUGAACUUGUACCUUGAGCUCCUCAGGAGCAGGAAGCUGCUGCCCUUCACCCAGCGCCCCACGGAUGUGGGGGAUGAGGAUGCCUAGGGGACUUCGCCCCAUGCUGGGGGUGUGGGCAUCAUCUCCCAAGUGCGGACUGUGCCCUGGUGCCCGAGGAUGGGGGCUGGCUACGGCACACCAUUAAAAGUCUGACAAUC